AUGGUCGUACCUGAUUCCGCCAACCCCGCGUGGAGCAUGCGCCCUGCCGCCGUGAUGGUUGGUGGUCAGAGACGCCGCAACACGCGCCGUUCCAAUGCACCGCGCUCCAACACUACGCCCAAUCUCGGUCUUGACUCACUCGCCGGGAGGGAGAAUGCGAGUGGUGUCACCGCAGCACAGCAUACGGAUCAAGUUGAACAUUCUCAUGUUUCACCUCCUUCUGCGCCCUCGAAUCCUAUGGUCAACUCCUACGUACACAACAGUGGCCCUCCAGGCGACCGUCAUCGCCCUCUCCCAGCGCGCCCAUCCGAUGGCUUUUCGACUAUGCCGGCCGCCCAUUCGCCAACACCCACAACAGGAAGCGCAUCAACAGCAGCCACGGAUGGCAAGAAGAGGCAUGGCAAAUUCGGCUUCAAGUCAAAGGAUCAAGACCGCCCAAGCAGCUCCCAUGAGCCCACUCCCCAGCUGUCGCCUCUACCGCCGUUGACGCCUAUCAAGGCUGCACAGUUGCUGGGCGUGGACCCUGGACCUAGCCCUGGUAGACCCCGGAGUACCUCUGUAGGCCGUCCAGCCCAGAACGAUGGCGGCUACGAUAGCCUACCGAUACGCCCGAUAUCGACAAGGCGAGGCUCUAUGUCGGCAAUAACCACUCAGAAGAGCGCGUCGGACAGACAGACGAGAUUCACGGAAGAGGGCCUUGACAUGGAGCCAUCAAAGCCCAAGGGCUUCUGGGGCAACACUAACCGGAAAGCUCAGCGAAUGUUAGGCUUACUCCCAUCUGCACCAUCUAAUGCUAGCCGUGAAGCCGACAUGGGGCGCGUCGCAGCUGUUUCUCUAGCGUGGCGUCCAGAAGAACAUACUGAUACAUACCGUAGUAGCGACGCCGAACGCCAUGGCCAGUUCCGUUCGCUCCCACCAGUUCCGCCCGUUGUUCCCGAAGCUCCGAGAAGACGUAUGCGCAAGAAGCUUCCUAAAGAGCUCGAGAGGAUGGCACCCAUUACAGAGACGUCGCACGAUGAGCUUCGCACUUCCUACAAAAUCGGCGAACAUGAUCCUGAGCUGAACGAUAUCUCUGAGUACGCAAAAUCUCCUUCCAAGGCACUGCUAUCUCGGUCGCGUAUUGAGUCACUGCUCACAACAGAUGUCAGGUACGAGUUGGAAGAGGACGACCUCUCAAUCACAGACGAUGUCAUUGAUGAGGCGGCUCACGACAAGCAAGAAGACUUCGCGGCCCAUCCUGGUAACGAGGUUGACGUCAAAAAUGGCGCAAUUCUGCAAUCUACAGUGUUCCGCCUCCGCGGCCCACUGCAAACGGUUGAAGACCGUUUGCUUGACGAGGCAGAGACGCGACUAGCACUUAGCAAGGCUGUGCUAGACCAAAACGACGAUGAUCGAAUCACUCUCGACAACACAUACGCUACCCUGAAGGCGUCUAACGAAGCCAUGAAAGCAGACUUUGCAGCCGCACAGCGUUGUCACGCCGCUCCAGGAGAGUGUGAGCUCUGCGGUGGUGCGGAUAGCCAGGUUGACAGCGACGACGAGGAUGACUUGAACGAAGAGCCCACCUUCCAGGUCGCCACGGCCGUACCCUUCAUGCGGGUCACACCCGGUAUGGUCAAGCUUGUCGACAUUCCGCCUAGGAGGAAGAGACCAGUUGUACCGCUGGCACCGCCUGCACCACCCACACGAGUCGCACCGGUUGCCCCACCCAACCCACUGCCCCUGCUAGCCCUAUCUAGUCAGCUCAAGGCCCCCUUCAAACCUACCUACUACUUUCAACAUGACGAAAAGAUCAGUCCAUUCAAUGAGCGCAGUGAGCAUGUGGAGGUGCGUAAGUAUCUCUCAACUAUUACAGAUGCAACUAACAAAGUCCAGCCUACCGUAAUGCGUGGCCCUCUUUCCGCUAGCGAGUUCAAUCGCCUCGACAAGGACAAGAGAGUGAAGCUUCCCCGCGACGAGUCACGUCUUCUUGUCCAAGACUGGAUGUCUGACUACGACCACACCAAACAACGCCCUCUAUCCGAACGUCUCGACCUCGAUGUACUUGCCGACCAGCAAAUCCCUCCUGCCCCAUUUCCCAAAGAAGAUCACGCUACACCUCCCCUUCCGCCCAGGUCAUCCAAAGAGCACUACUGUCUCAAGAACGGCCACAUCUUCCACCCCAUCAACCUCAAGACUGUACCCGACGAGGUCGCCAUCAACAGCCUGGAAGUUCGACCGUAUCUACAUACCGCUGUGGGCUACAAACAGCAUGUCUCUGUGCCUGUUUUCUGCGACCGUUGCAACGAAGAUGUCAAAGAAGAGCUCUGGGAGUGCGACAUUCAUGUUUGCCGUAUGGGAGUCUGCAAGCAGUGCGCAGAGGAUAUGGAGCAUGAGUGGCAGGAACGUGUUGCUGGUGUUUGGACUCGUUAA